CCCUCACCACGAUGGAGAUGGACAUCGAUGAGCAGCAACAAACCAGGCGCACUGGCGUAAUGCGUGUUCUCCCUAUUGACGACAAUCACCCCUUUGACCUCGACCAAUACAUAUCAAACUAUACAGGCAGAGCCCUCGUCGACCGGCUCACCUUCCUUAUUCCUCAGUGCCCCACCCUCGCUGUACAAGCUGCACAGGUAGCAGCGAAACAUAUCAGGAACAUGCGCGAUACUUCUCUGUACUCUCACCUUUCGAUCGCGUAUGAACAGGCUCAAACCAACGCUUCAUCUGACGCACCCCUACCACCAUUCCAUGAAGUCGUGAGCAUCGAUCAGACAUGGAUCGAAGAAACAAACAGGAAGAACGCAGAUGAGCGGACUAAGCUAGAAGUAGAGCUGAAGACAUAUAGUAGCAACAUGAUCAAAGAGAGCAUACGAAUGGCUCAUCGCGACCUGGCAGAGUUUCAUCGUUCCGUUGGAGAUUAUCAGACUGCCCUUAAACACUACGCCAAGCUCAGGGAAUUCUGCACAACGAGCCAGCAUGUAUUGGACAUGUGUAUCGCUGUUCUCGAGCUUCUCAUUGAGCAGCGCAACUACACGCAUAUCCCGACGUAUGUCUUCAAAGCAGAACCUGCACUCGACGCAUCUACCAAUGCGCUACGAUCGUCCACACAUAUUUCCGCUUCGUCUGCAGCUACACCACACGCGGCGGCGACGGCCGCACAAGCAAGCAGAGACCGCCUCAUGAGUGAGCGUCAGAAGACGCAAACGAAGCUCGAAGUGGCCACCGGUAUUAGUCAUCUUGGGCUUGCCUCAUACGAGAAAGCUGCCUCAGCAUUUGUGAGAGUGGGCAGCGCUGCAAGCCUGGGUGCGUGGGCGACCAAGGUUAUCCAUCCAUCUGAUAUCGCAAUCUAUACCACGUUGUGUGCCCUUGCAACAUUGCAAAGAUCCCAGAUUAAAUCACAGAUCAUGGAGAACGACACCUUUGUUUCCUCAUACCUUGAGUCUGAGCCUUACAUCCGCGAACUCGUAGUGAACUGGCUUGGUGGCAAGUUCAAAGCAGUGUUGGAAAGCCUCGAGAAAUAUUCUACCCGGCAUGCGCUAUUGCCGCAUUUGGCACCACACCUUAGCAGUCUUAUGCAACUCAUCCGUUCGCGGGCAGUUGCGCUCUACUUCAGGCCUUUUGCGACUGUCAAGCUCGAGAAGAUGGCCGCCGCUUUCGGCUGGACUAUCAGCCAAGCGGAGUGUGAGGUCGUUCGUCUCAUUGGUGAGGGUGACAUCAAGGGACGAGUUGAUCGUUUGGGCAAGAUUCUGAGGGCCCAAGAGACUGAUCAGCGUGCCGAGCUGUUUGCGCGAACCAUGAAGGCCGGCCAGGACAUGCAAAGUGCCAACAGGAAGCUACUGUUGAGGCUCAAGUUGCAACAAGCUGACCUCAUUGUCAAAGCUCCCAAGCAAUCUAAUCAGCCACAGCAAGGCUCGCAGCAACCCAUCCAGUCCGCCCCUUCGCAAAGCGGUAUAGGCGGGUUCGCAGGCAAGGUGCCGGAGAUUUUCACGAACAUACUCAGCAUGGGUUCUGGGGACUGAACGGGUAUGAUGAUAAUUCACACAAGGUCUCUGUCUUGCCGAGCAACUGUUGUAUCAUACAAUGUAUGUGUAGACAAAUUCUGAAUCAG